AACAAUUUGCCAGACAGACGUCAAACAGCAUCCUGCGGCGGCAUCCUUGCAAAUAUUCAAACAAACCGUUCGCAUCCGAUUUAUUUCGCGCACUCCUUCCGGACAGAAACCAUCCAAACGUUUUUCCAAGUGGACCAAUCAAAGUUUCCAAAAAUUACCGGCAACAACGAAGCAGCCAAACGGAAUGCAAUGAUUUUCAACCAACUUGUCGAAGACAUUCGCGAGGAGCCGUCUGUUUGGUCAUUGAAAUUGCGACCAAAGGCAGAGGAUCUCGAGGAUGCAUGGCGUCGCAUCGCAAGUAAAAACAACUUAUCGGCUCUCGAGGUUAAAUUGAUUUUCCGCGAGUUAUCCAAGAAGUACAAGGAGGAGUGCAAGAAGCCGAAAAGCACUUGGAAGUUGCUGCAGGCGCUGCGCUUCCUGGAUGAAGAUCUAGAGGAUAAAUCAGACAAAUUAAAAGCUCCUGCUGCCCGUUCAACUCCGCAGCCGACAGUUCCCCCACCACCGGAGUUUCCUGAAGAAACAAAAAUAAAGGAGGAACCACAAGAAUUCAUCCCGCUCAGCCACAACACCUCCGACGACGAUUACGUCGAAUUACUCGAGGUAAGAGACGAAGAUUACACGGACGAGGAGGACGGUGAGAAUAUGAUGGACUUGGAUGAAGAUCUCAACACGAACAACAGCAAACAGAAUGCACUGUCUCCCGUAAAGUCGGCGGAGAUCAGCCAUAACAAGGGCCUCUCCGUUCUAAAUCCAGCCACAAUCAACAACAUGGCUACAAAAUCCGAUGGACCAAUUGCAAGCACCUCGACCACCACAAGUACCAGCAAGUCCGUGACCCAAACAACAGCUAUGAAAAGUAUUCCCACAAUUUUCGCGGGAAUGAAGCGCAAAUUGGCCAAUGGAAUUGAAUCUCAGACGAAUGGCUCGGACGUGACGACGCAACCGCCCGAGAAGCUUUUGAAAAACUUUCAAGAUAAUGUCGAACGAGGGCGAAACUCCCCUAUGCAGGCGUCGCAAAGACCUCCUACCCCCAAAUUGAAGCAAAUCACAUUCACUCCAAAAGAAAUCAAGAGCAUUCCACCGACCAGCGUGAGGAUGGCCAACUUUCCGCCUGAGGUUGGUAGUCUUCCAGUCGAAUCAAAAGAGAAACCAACCGAAACCGUUCGCGUAGAACCAAAUGGUCUCAAUAUUGGCGACGUCAUCCCCAUGCCCGACACCCCAUCGAUUAAUUUGGAGCGAGCGGAAGUCGAUAGUAUCCUCGAAAAAUCCACCAUUCGAGUUAGUUCCAAUGAAAAUGAUUCUCAACCGGCUUCCAGGGCUACCCAACCUGAUAACGAGCCGGCAUCUGCGGGCUAUCAGUCGACACCGCACUCCAGGAUGUACGACAGUUUCGGCCAAUACGUUUCCAAUACUCUAAACGCAUUACCUGACAAACUAGCUAAUAAGUUAGAGAUUAAGAUUUUAGAAGCAAUCAUUGCUGUCAAUACGGAGAAGAGCAAUUUAGCGUGAUUCAUUUACCGUCAAUUGUACCUUUACUUUUCCACAAUUUUUUACUGUACUGAGUAACGCUCUUUAGUAUUAACUAUUCAAAAUUGGGUGUGUAAGUGCAUGAGUAAACAUAGAUGUGUAAUAAAUUACCAAUUAUUUAAGAA